AAAAAGCAGUAGGGGGAGGGGGGGCACAUUGAUUCACGGGGCACAUUGGUACAGUAUCUAUAUCUCAAAACCGAUAAACGCUACACAGUCCGGCACAUCACUAGAAUGCUCAAGGGCAUUCACAAGAAUGACAGUUGUGACACCGUUCGCCGCCAGUUUGCCGUUGGACCUCAACGGUCACUAACGUGUUGAAAGUGGCGUGCGCCGCUGCCUACAAAAAAAAAACGUGAAAUGUAAUUGUGUCUCAGGAGGAUUCUUUUAGUUGUUUUUGUUAUUAUUUGUUACUACAGAAAAUGGUGCGCACGUACAAACCCAAAACUGAUAGAAAAAAUAUCAAUGAAGAAAACAUUGAAGACGCAAUACGUGAAGUAUUGUCAAAGACUUUAUCUAUACGCAAAGCAGCCGACAAAUAUAGCAUCAAAACUGCGACCCUACAACAUCGCAUAGAAAAAGCCAGAAAAUCAUUUGAAGCUACCAGAAUAUUAUCUACAAAUGAAGCAUCCUCUUCAUUACAAGCAGAAUCUUCUUUAUCACAAGCAGGUCCAUCUUCACCACAAAUAGCACCAUCUAUGGAGAUGGCACAAAUAGCGUCAUCUUCAGCACACACUACUACUGCAGCUUUAUCAUCACACACUGCUACAGCUACUUCAUCAAACAUCUAUGGUUCCAAGUAUACCGUUGCACAAGUUUUUUCAAUCGAACAAGAAAAGGCAUUGACUCAAUAUUUAUUGAAUUGUAGUAAAAUGCACUACGGCCUUACAUUGAGACAGCUUUUGACUUUGGCAUACGAGUUCGCAGAAUCCUCAGGGUGUAAUUAUCCAAAAUCCUGGAAAAAAAACAAAUGCGCUGGAAAAGAUUGGGCAGCUGGCUUCAGGAAGAGAAACCCAGAAUUGAGUCUACGAAAACCAGAAAACACAAGCGCAGCAAGAAGCUUUGCUUUUAAUAAAGCUGCUGUAGCUCAAUUUCAUGAUAAUUACGAACGCAUAAUGAGACAGUACAAUUUUACACCCGAUCGAAUAAUAAACUUAGAUGAAACAGGCAUAAGCACAGUUCUUUCUACUCCUAAAGUUAUUGCUGGAAGAAAACAAAGACAGGUGGGACAAAUAGUUUCUGCAGAACGCGGAGAGUUAGUUACUUUCUGUGGUAUUAUUACUGCUACUGGUUCUUCUCUUCCUCCAGUUUAUGUCUUUCCAAGAGUUCACUACAAAGAUCACUUCCUAAAUGGAGCUCCUGAUGGAAGUCUAGGGUUGGCAAACAGAAGCGGCUGGAUGACAUCAGAAUUGUUUAUAAGAGUUUUGAAACACAUUCAACGCCUUACUUCGAGCAAUAAAGAUAACCCAAUUCUAAUCAUUUGUGACAACCACGAAUCGCACAUUUCAAUAGAAGCUGUUAACUACUGUCGUGACAACGGUAUUGUUUAUUUGAGUCUGCCCCCACACACGUCACACAAAUUGCAACCGCUUGAUGUCAGUGUGUUCGGACCCUUCAAAGGCAAAUUGAAGAUAGCUUUCAACGACUGGCACAUUCAAAAUGUUGGAAAGACUUUGACCAUAUACAACAUUGCUGAACUGUCAAAAUUAGCAUAUUUGGAAUCAUUUACACCAAAGAAUAUCAUAGGUGGUUUUUCCAAACCUGGAAUUUGGCCAAUUAAUAAACUGGUAUUUGGGGACGACGACUUUGCACCGAUAGACAUUUUCAGCACAGGUUAUCACGAUUUGACAGAUGAGAACACUCACAAAACACAAGAUUUACAUUUUGUAGACUCGGAAACAACUCAAAAUAAUGAAGUUGUUGAUAGAGAACAAAAUAAAACUCCUACUUUGGAUACCGACCCAAUUUCAGUGUCUGAUGCUGACGAUUCUCUACAUGUUUCUUCAUCACAGGCUAUGCUUACUCCUGACGUAGUUAGACCUUAUCCAAAAAAGGCGAUUACUGACAGUGUCUUAAAAAGAAAAGGAAGAGAAAAGGGACGAUCAAGAAUAUACACUGACACACCAGAAAAAAAUAGAUUAGAAAGCUUACGUAAUGAAAAGGACAGGAAAAGAGAAUUACAAAAAGCAAAACAGCAUGCAAAAGAAUUGAAAACAGCGAAAAAUCUGUUGGGGUUAACUGAGCCAAAAAAGAAAAAGAGAGUAACUUCUUUGCCUGCAGAAAUAGAUUCCGAUUCUAGUCUAGAUGAAGUCGUGAUGACGAGUGAUAGUGAAGACAUUGAAAUGCCAUCGGAAUCAGAAGAAGAGGUAAUUAAUGAAGAACCAGUUAAUCCUGAACACAUAAAUAUUGGAGAUUUCCUACUAAUUAAGUUUGAGAAGAAGAAAACUGUGAUUCACUACGUUGCCAAAGUCGUAUUUAAGUAUAAUGUGACAGAAUAUGAAGUAUCAUAUCUCAGAAAAAAAACAGGGUCUUAUAAGUUCAUAUUUCCAAUUGUGGAAGACAAAGCAAGUGUGGAUGUUAGAGAUGUAGUUUUGCAAUUACCAAAACCAACUUUCUCCAAAGGCACAUCUCGAACAUCGUCGCUUUAUUCAUUUUCGGUAGGUUUAACUCGAUAUAAUAUCCAGUAGAUUGUUUUGUAAUUUAUAUGAGAGUUUUUAUGAUUAUUUUUGUUAAAUUUUUGAUGUUUGUUUAAUUUUUUAAGAAAACUAUUGUUCAUUUUGAUAGGAGGUUCUAAUAUUAUAUUUUCAUUAACAAUAUUCAAUGUUAAAGUCUGAUUACUUAGUAAGUAUAUAACUGAUUAUAUAAUUAAGAAAAUAACAGAGAAUUAGUCUUGUUCUAUGAUGACAAUAUUGUUUUUUUUUGUGAUUAUAUUUCUUAAGUAACUUAAGAGACUGAUUAUGGCUAAUGUGCACUCUUAAUAAAAAGUGUUUUGCGAUCUCAAUCAAUAAAAUUGUUUUAUUUCUUAAUUUUAAGUAAUAAUACAGUUUAUAUUGGGUUUUUAGUCAGUUUAAAUUUGCAUUUCAUAUGGAUCUAAAAUACGUAUCAAACUGCCCCACCCCAUGUAUCAAAGUGCCCCACUGGUGGGGCAGAAUGAUACAAACAUUUUAUUUUCUUAAAAUCACAUUAUCUCUAUACGUCGCCAAUUUUUGCGGUUUUUGCGUAGCCAAAAUGUAAGCUGACAUAUCAGCCAAUGCACACAUCAAAACAAAUAUUUAAAUAUAAUGCUUUAUGGUCCUCAGAAAAGAGAUUUAAUUUUUGUGUAUCAAAGUGCCCCCCCUCCCCCU